CAGCCGUGCGUCAGAGAGAGACUUAGAGACUCUGCAAACUUUCCUGAUCAAAAUAAACCCCGGCCCUGAAUAAGACACCAGGAGAAGGGAGGGAGAGCGCGUGUGAGUAACUUCCUAAGCGCUCUCUCUCGCUCCUCUUUGGGGCAGGAUCCCUUGCGCCUGCCCUUACCACCCCUCCUUCCCUUCCCUUCUCUCCCCACGUCCCACUCGACGCUAAUUUCAAUGUCAUCUGCUUAGGAUCCAGCUUUAUUCUGUUAAAAAAACAACAACUCCUCCCCCCGCCCAGUGCGCGCCUUUGACUUUCCAAAUUCCGUGGCAAGAGGGAAACACCAGCUUGGAGUCUCCAUUUAAUACCUUUGGAGACGCGCGCUGUGCUACGUGGGCGUGAAGACACGCGCGCGCGAGAGGAUCUACCUUCUUCCCUCUGCCUCCACCUCACUUUCUCUCUUUUUGUGCUGAGCGGAUGCCAAGCGGCGAUCCUCUGAACGAAAUCCUCUUGGCGCCUCGAGAUCCAGCCCAGUGGUGAAAGGGAAACUUUCGGUGCGCGUCCGUCCCAUCGCAGCAGCAUGAAAUCGGCAGAAGAAGAACAUUAUAACUAUGCAUCUUCAAAUAUAAAUUCCAGCUUGCCUCUAAGCGUGGCACAUCCUUCAUUGUCAGCUCCAUGUCAUGGCCUUCAGACAUCCAAUCCAGUCAUUUCGAUUGUCCCAUCAACUAAUCAUCCUUCGGGAUAUGGAGGGCAUGCUGAAAGUGGCACCGCUGGAUAUUAUCUGUCUCCCAACGUCAGACCUAAUGGCGUGCCAGCGCUAGAAAGCCCUAGAAUCGAAAUAACCUCUUACUUGGGGCUGCAUCAUAACAACAACCAGUUCUUCCACGAUCCAGAAAUCGAGGAGCCCGUCCCAAACGCAAAGAGAUCUCCUACGACUGCGACGUUGAACCUGCCGAACAUAGAGGCCUAUCGAGACCCAUCGUGCCUGAGUCCAGCAAGCAGCCUGUCUUCCAGAAGUUGCAAUUCAGAAGCAUCGUCUUAUGAAUCCAAUUACUCUUAUCCCUAUACUUCGCCUCAGACAUCUCCUUGGCAAUCGCCGUGUGUGUCGCCCAAGACCACCGACGCCGAGGAAGCGUAUCAACGGAGCAUGGUGACCUGCACGUUACUUAAUUCGCCCCGACACUCCCCAUCUGCGUCUCCCAGAACGAGCAUCACCGAGGAAAACUGGCUCGGCACUCGCAACUCCCGGCCAUCUUCUCCCUGCAACAAAAGAAAAUACAGCCUGAAUGGCAGGCAGACGUCCUACUCGCCACACCCCUCUCCAACACCCUCUCCCCAGACUUCUCCAAGAGUCAGCGUGACCGAUGAGACGUGGCUAGGAAACACUAACCAGUACACCAGUUCGGCCAUCGUCGCAGCCAUCAAUGCCCUCACCACUGACAGCACAAUAGACAUGAACGAUGGGAUUCCUACCAAGUCCAGGAGAACGGCAAUCGAUCACACCCAGUCCAUGGCGCUCAAGACCGAACCGAGCGGGGAAGAUCAUGGGACCAUAUCGCCAACAGCCGACUUGUCGCCAGAAGAGUUUCCGGGGUUUCAGCACAUCAGGAAAGGAAGCUUCUGUGAUCAGUACCUUUCAGUGCCACAACAUCCCUAUCCAUGGGCCAAAUCUAAGCCAUUGUCCCCAUCAUCCUACAUGAGCCCAUCCUUGCCUGCUCUGGAUUGGCAGCUGCCGUCUCACUCAGGACCUUAUGAACUUCGGAUUGAAGUGCAGCCAAAGUCCCACCACCGAGCCCAUUACGAGACCGAAGGGAGUCGAGGGGCUGUCAAGGCGUCUGCGGGGGGACACCCAGUGGUGCAGCUACACGGUUACUUAGAAAGUGAACCGCUCACGCUACAGCUGUUCAUCGGGACUGCAGACGACCGCCUGCUGAGACCCCAUGCCUUCUACCAGGUUCACCGGAUCACCGGGAAGACCGUCUCCACAACCAGCCACGAAACCAUACUUUCCAACACCAAAGUUUUGGAAAUUCCGCUUCUUCCUGAAAACAACAUGAGAGCAAUCAUUGACUGUGCUGGGAUACUGAAACUUAGAAAUUCAGAUAUAGAGCUGAGGAAAGGAGAAACAGACAUUGGAAGGAAGAAUACACGGGUUCGACUGGUCUUCCGUGUUCAUAUCCCCCAACCUAAUGGGAGAACCCUUUCUCUCCAAGUGGCAUCCAACCCAAUUGAAUGCUCUCAAAGAUCUGCUCAGGAGCUGCCUUUGGUAGAGAAGCAAAGUGCUGAUAGCUAUCAUGUGAUGGGUGGAAAGAAAAUGAUACUGAACGGACACAACUUUCUUCAAGACUCCAAAGUCAUAUUUGUGGAGAAAGCUCCAGAUGGUCAUCAUGUGUGGGAAAUGGAAGCCAAAACUGACAAAGAGUUGUGUAAGCCAACUUCAUUGGUGAUUGAGAUUCCACCGUUCCGCAAUCAGAGAAUUACAAGUCCCGUCCAAGUUAAUUUCUAUGUCUGCAAUGGAAAGAGAAAGAGAAGCCAGUACCAGCUUUUCACCUACCUUCCUGCUAAUGUUCCAGUUAUAAAAACAGAACCCACUGACGACUAUGAGCCUGCUCAAACCUGUGGACCAAGGAACCAAGGAUUAAGCCCUCUCUCCAAGCCAUACUACAGCCAGCAGAUCAUGAUGCCUCCUGAUCCUGGCUCGUGCCUUGUGACUGGCUUCACUUCCUGUCAGCAGAGAAAUGCUGUGAUGUCAUCGUCUCCCAGCUCAAGUCCCAAGCUGCAUGAUCUUUCCUCUCCUGCUUACAAGUGCAUCACCAACCCAGGCCACAGCCACCUAGGACUUCAGCAGACGGUUGGAGGUGUCCCCACCAUACAGGAAGUGCCAAGGUCUAUAGUUGUGCAUCCAAGCUCUCCAGAUCAGUCAUCUCACAUCAUGCUGCAGCCGCAGGUGAGUCAACAUCUGAGCAGUAGCUGUUCCCUUGGUUACCAACAAACACUCUAUCCCAACAGUCCCUCCUCUCCAGUUCCAUCUGUAACCCAAGAGCCAACCUAUUUGCAGUCCUGCAGUCCAACUCGCUCAUCCGUAAUGGGUCAGCAGCAACUGCCGAAUGUUCAAAGAAAUGAAUCUCCAGCAAAUCAGCCACUGCCGUUGCCCGAGUUGCAUGAGGACAGUAAUCAUAAUUUGGCCCCUAUUCCUGUAACGAUCAAGCGAGAACGCGAGGAAUUGGACCAGUUAUACCUGGACGAUGGUAAGUCUCCUGCAGAUGUAGAGGUUUAUGUUCAGCCAUUUUUGAUGUGCCAUUGAGUUCUUUUAACCUCCUGAAGCGUUCUGAUGGGGGAAGCUGCCCGUUAACAGCUUUGUGGAGUGUUGCCGAAUUUUGCUCGAGUGACAACUGGACGGGAAAGAUUUCUUUAGUGUCAUCAGCAAUAAUGAAAGCGCAUAAUCUAAACGUUUAAAUGCUGUUAGUCAUUGCCAAAGUAUCUGCAUGUCCAACAGCUACAUUGCAAUAAUCUUAACCAUAUGGUCUUGGCUUAUAUCUAUGCCAGUGGCUUGCAGAAUGGCACUGAGAGGAGCUGAUUUGGAAUUGAUCCACUGCCUGUCAUAUCCUGCAGGUUGAAAUGCGCAGGUCUGCUAUCUGGAAUUAAUUGAUAAAACUGCUCCGUUUCAGCUAAGAAAGUCGAAAUUAUAAAUCAAAUCAUGACUUUCACUCUUCGACAUCUGAAGUUAAGGCGGCUUCACCAGUCACAUCUCCAGUUUCCUUACUUUCUGUUGUAAAUGUGUAGCUGGCUAAUACACACACUGCACGCACCACUGCAGUGUUAAAAUGCUACAAUGAGUUUGUCAAACUCCAAGAGAUUUAUUCCUUCAUAGCAACAAAGGGCAAAAUCUGGAAUUUUAUUAACUCACUGAAUGCCAAUGUGGUGUUUACAGCCCUGGUAGUUCAUAUGAACUUGCACCUUAUUUAAUAAAUGAGGCCCACUUCAGUGACACAAAACAUUAUAUAAAUCCACCAUGGUAUAGAAAGACCUUUGAACAGAUCCCGUUUUUAAAGUAAUUGUUCCACUUAAACUAUGAAUCUGAUUGUCUUGUGGGGCAAAGCAAUGACAAUUUAUUUUAUUUUUUUAAUGAAGUACUUUAUUAAUUCUCCUCCUGAAUUCUUUAUUAAAAGUCUGAAUUUUUAAGCUUGAGCAAUAUUAUGUUAUCUGGUUGUGUAACAACCUGUUCAGAUAUGUUACAGAUCUGAGGGGGGUGGGAAUCCAAAGGUAAUUGACUCAAUCAAAAAUAUUCUAUGACUAAUACCAAACUUCUCCACCACUGGAAUUUAUAUGGCACUCAUGCGGACAAUGCACAUUUUAAUCAUGCAAUUAAUUUAAUCAAAAGGAAAAAUCCUAAGAAAACCCUUGGGUUUGCAUGAUUUUAUAUCAAGGUAUAUGAGGAUUACCUUACACUUUUUAAUGCAUUUCUUCCUUCAAAAAAGCAGGAAAAUGGCACUUUCUGGAAUCUUCCACCAGAAGGUUGGCUCUCUUUUUUUUAGAUGGUGUUUAAUCAAAUUAUCAAAUUGCACCAAAGUGAGACACUUUCAGAUAUGUGAAAAUCAUGCACAUCCAUAUAGAAUCCACACCACCUGUCUUCUGUAAGAUAUUUCUAAAACGGCUCAAAGUUUGUAGGACAUUUCUCAAUCAGGCAGAGCAUUCCCUGUGGUUGACUUACAACCACACUUGCACUUGAAGCUGGCAGGUCUUUGGCCACUACCGUAGCAGAAUGUCACCUUUCAAAAAAUUUGUGCCUUGCAAAGUAUGUGCGAACUCUCUAACUGUUCCUAAUUUGCAAAGUCAAAUUGGUCAUUUUCAGUAUCAAAGGAAGGUCAUUUCCUACAGCAAAUGCCAUUCAAUUGUGAAGUUAUUUCCUACCAUUAAAAACAUCAAAGAAAUUAAUGGGGGUUAUCAAGAAAUGUUAUCUUUGUGAGUGACAGUCAGCACCAACAGGAAGAAACUCCUGGAAAGUAACUGAUGGUCCAACUUUUCUAUGCUAAGAGAUAUUAUUAGUCAGUGUUUCAUUGAAUGCACUGAUAACGAAUAAUGUUUUGAAGGAAAAAACCAGCAGCCAAGUUACAAUAGUCUUUCAAACCAGAGGCAUUUAUGUUCUAAACUUUUUAACUUUUAACUAAUGUUGGCUUAUUUCCAUCUAAACUUUGGAUGAACAACUCAUAGGUUUGCCUAAAAGACAGCCUAUGAAUUCAGAAAAUAAAUAAAUAACUCAGAUUCUUCUGUGUGAGCUGCAAUUAAAUCAGGAAACCUUGAAUAAGCCAUAGAUUCGCAUUAACCAGGAGUUGAAUCCAACAGUCUUGCACAACAGAACUACUCCUUCUCCUCCCCACUGUGUGCCCCCUACAUACACCCCGAAUCUGCUUCAGCACACGGAUGAAGGAGGGGAAGUUAUGUCAUGUGAGCAGAGAUUUUUCUCCUCAUGCAGUUACUUCACUGGACACAACCCCUAGAAACCAUGGUUAUACUUUAGAUCAAGCCAGUGUAUUAAAAAAAAAAGCGGUUUGAGGUUGGUGUAAUAUCUUGCCUUGUUUGGGAGCUGGUAACCAACUCAUGCCAAAAUGGGCAUCUCUGGUUUAGUCAAGACUUCCUGGUUUAAACAUUUCACACAGCAGAGUAAGAACUAAAGAGGUUGCAUGUUUAUGUGAAAGAUUCAUACACAUCUUGGAGUAACUAAGCCAAGGUAUGAUCAUUUGAAUGAUAUCUCUGAUUCUUAAUGGGAAACAAUUUCCCAAAACGUUAAACAAAACCAUUAAAAAGGUUACCUAAAAUGCACAUACUUUAAGUAAGAUCUGUGAAGCCAAUGGAAGUUGCUUCUAAGAAUGUGUGCUGAAAAUCAUUGGUUUAAGCACUGUUGAUCAUCUCCCCACAAUACUCCUUUACCCGAGGAACAUUAAUUUAAUUAUCUAAGGGAUUUAUGAUUGGCUUCCUGAGAUGUCCUCCACAAAGCAGCUUACAACAUGUUUACAAUAUAAAUCCAACUCAUAAAGCUCAUUUAAAAUAUGCAACUGACAACAAUAAUGAUGUGAAAACCAGCAAAGAGACAAUAAUAAUGUUUGGCCACCAUCCAAUAAGCAACCACUAUUUAUGACCCUGCAUUGAAAGUUAUAGAGACGAAAUGUGUCUCCAAGGCCUGCUUCAAAGAGGUAGGGUCUGCCUGAUGUUAAUAGGAAAUAAAUUCCAUAAUUGCAUGGUCACUGUUGAGAAGGCCCUGUUACCACAGCCCAUCAAGGACAAAAGGCAUUAACUUUCCCGCCCACAGCACCUCAGUACAAACUGAGUGUCAUAUUUGUCUCUGAAGUCAGAGUUACCUGAAACAAUUUUGGGAAAUGGAAUCUGGGAACUAAAAUGCUUGUUGCUCUUUUUUUUCAUUGCACUGCGUAUUUCUUUCCUCCUCUUUCUUUAUAAUUGAAGGCUUGGCUGGAUGGUCUUAUCUGUAAGAGGGAUGGGAAACCUAUGGGCCUCCUUUGUGGUUCAAUUCCAGCUCCCAACAGCCCCAACCUUAAGGACAACAGGCAGGGAUAAUGGGAGUUGUCAUCCAACAUCAAAUGGAGAGCCACAGAUUCCCCGCCCAAUAGGUAGUCUCUGUCUGUCUGGGUGGGUGUAGAGAAAGAGAGAGGGAGAUGAUAAACAAAGAGGUGCCUGGAUUUUUGAUAUAUGGCUGACAGCAGGCAUCAAAAGCACCUCAUCAGCUCCCCUGCCCCAGUGCCAUUCAGCUUCUGCCCCUUGUAGUUGUCUCUGUACAGCUGUGAGUUUUAUAGCACUUUGCCCAUGAAUGCAUACAUUUCAAUGGCUUUCUUUUUUUAAAAAAAAAAAAAAGAUAAAUUGGGAGUAUUAAACUCUCGCGUAAGUAUGUAAAAAAAGGUAAAAACCACAGGCAAAGUGUUAUUGAAAGCUGCAGCCUAACCAGCCAUUUUAAAGGUGUCUCUUAAAAAUAACUUUUGCAGUAAAAGCUGUAACUUAUGGAGGUAAUAUGAGCUAUUGCUAAUGUCCUUCCCAUGAAUUGCUUACUCUGUCGAACUGUUAGAUGUCUGACGUGUCCAUAUUUCUCCUAUGCAGCAUAUAUUAAAUUCUGUUGCCUCUACACCAUAUGUUCGGGAAGGGCGGGGGUGUUAUACGUAUUUCAAAUUUAUAUAUAAAUUUGAAAUGCACAUGAUUUGGUCAUAUAGUUUAUUUGAACAGGAACUAUACCAGACAGAAUUAUUCUUGCGUUGAAAUGUAUCCUUUUUCAUGCACCUCAGCUUUGUGAUUAAAGUGAUUGGCUCUCGAGGCCUUAGGUUUAGUCUGCUGCUGCCACAAUUAUGCCUUUUAAAAACUUCUGAGUGUGCUCACUGAUUUCCAGUAGUCCAGAUGUCAUUAGAACAACAUGCAGGUACUCUGCAAAGCCCAGUAAUACUGUCAACACACCAGAGUGGAUUUCAAGCUCCCUCUCUCCUCUCUUCCCCUCCCUCUCUUGGCCUAGUCUAGCAGCUCUGGAGGGGAAAACAAAAGGCUUUCCUUGUGGAAAGUUUUAGUAAAUCUGGCUGAGUGCCUGGGUUGAGGACCCCUCCUCAUUUAUAAUGAUGAUUGAAAGCGUACAUACUACUGUGUUGAAACAUGCUGGGUCGCUAACAUUGGAGAUGAAGGUUAGACGUGAUGGGUAGGAGAGGAAAAUAUAGAACUCAAAUAAUUCAUCAGGGUCAAACCUUUAAUGUACCUAAAUGUCUACAUUUGAGUGGUGGACCAUUAAAUGAAACCACAAUGGGUCAGGUCACAAUAUUAAGAUUUCCUUUUUGGUCCAGCUACCAGCUUUGUGAAGGUUCUCUAUAUCUCUGUCCCUCUCUCCCCUACACCUUGAGGUGUCCCCAAGGUGGUGAAGUUACUUCGAAUCUCUCAGGUCUCCUGGGUCUCCCUUGGGGUGGGGUAUGGUGCUAUAUCAAUGGUAUUCCCAUUUUCAUAAAAAUUUAUGUACAGGUAGGUAGCCGUGUUGGUCUGAGUCGAAGCAAAAUAAAAAAAAUUCCUUCAGUAGCACCUUAAAGACCAACUAAGUUUUUAUUUUGGUAUGAGCUUUCGUGUGCAUGCACAC